UUUAGGGUUUUGGUUCUAUGUGGAAAUUUCUCGUUUUUAGCUCUGGAUUGUGUUGAGCUUCUUAGUUUUUAGUUGUUGGAUUCUGUAUGGUGUAGCUUAGCAGAGAUUGAGAUGCUGCUUUUGUCAGAUCUAGGUGUUUUUUUGUGUGUUUCCGUGAUUGGAGUUGUUUACUUGGUUAAUUGUUGUGAGUUUGUGGUUUAAGGUUGGUUAUUUUGGUGAUUUUUUGAGUGUUUAGGAAGAGUGUGGAGGAUUGGCCUCCUUUUCAGUUGAAAGUCUUUGAUUUGGUGUUUAUUUAAUGUUCAAGGUUAGAGUGCAAGUUAGUUCUACAUUAGGAUAAGUCUGUAAGAAGAAGUUACUUGACAAAAUUGCCCUCAUUAUACUUUGCAUAGAAAAAGGAACCGGCUUGAUAAAACCAUUCGUGAGCUUAUCUAAAGAAUUUCAACUUACGUGGACGUUUCAAGUCGCAUAAAGUAGUGAGCGUGAUGUGUAUCUAUCUACAUACUGCUUCCAUAAUAGUUGGAUAUGAUUAUAAACUGUUAUUUUUGAAAGUCCGUGUGAUUAUGUUACUUAUGGUAGUUGUGUAACGCUUUAGCAUGAGCAGAAAUUUGUUGAGGAAUUAAUCUCAUGGAAGGUAGCUGUUAAACCCAGAAGUCAUAUUUAUGGGUUGCCCAAAAGUUUUCAUCUGCAAGCUUCAUGCUUGAUUAGACCAUCGGCCAAUUGGUAGGCAUAAAUGGAAACAUUUGUCACUUGAAAGAGGGAGUUAAUGUAUACUAUUUAGAUGUUAUUUGGUUUGUAUAGUUGGGUUUAUUGAGAACAAGCUUUGAAGUUUGAACCUCCUCCUUAUGCCACAUUUGAAGACUACGGUCUGUACGGGUUCUAUGCCAAUAAUAUGUAUUGAGCAAUCUCAAUGUUUUUUGGGAAGAAAUUUUAUGAACUAGGUUCAUAGCAUAAUUUAUGUUCAUAACUGUCAAGACAACAACCUUCACUAGACCUAUGUUUAGGGCCUGUUUGGAUUAAGGGGAAUGUGGGAAGAAGGGAACUUAGGGGAAACCAUUCACCCCGUUUGGGUACUCUUUAGAGUGUGAAGUGUUCCCUAGUUACCUUAAGUUCACACGUAACAAAACAAAAUUUGUUUCCCCCAAAAUUGGGGUGGAACUUAGGGGAAGGGAAUUCUCUUUACUUAUUUUCUCUUCUUUCCCUUGUUUUACCUCUUAUUUCCCCUGCUUUACCUUAACUUCCCCUACCCCCAAUGAAAUCCAAACAGGCCCUCAACUCUUUCCAUUCAGAAUAAGUUUGCUAUUAGACCCAACUCAGUAGUGUUUGAUGUGCCAUUGCGGGAACUUUUUGAGGAUGAUGAUAGCCGCUAACUGAAUUGAAAAUGGAUGGCCUUCAAUUGCAACCCACCAAAAUUUUCACCCAGAAGCCUUCCUUUCAUAUUGCUGCUGGUGCUCCUACACAUCCUUGCAUCAGUGACAUGAUUUCAAACACGAUAAGGUUUACUGAAUUUGGUACUGAUGGUGGACCUGCAGCAAAAGCGUUGAAGCCCAAAUUCAACCUCUUCAUAGAGCAUUUAGCUUCCCACGGUUUCGUAGUCCCACCUCAUAUUGAGAUGAGACAUGCUAUUGCCACCACGAUAGGACUGAAAGGACUUGGGGGCCUACUGUUCAUUUUCAGCAGCUCGUUUGGAGCUUACCUCCUGCUGUUUUAUUUGGCAUUUAUUACGCCUAUCGUGUACGAUUUUUACAACUAUGACAUGGAGAAGCCAGAAUUUGUUCAACUUUUCAUCAAAUUCACACAGAACUUGGCUCUCUUUGGUUCACUGCUCUUCUAUCUGGGGAUGAAGAACUCAAUGCCAAGGCGACAACCCAAGAAGAAGGUUCACAAGUCAAAGACGAAUUAAGUUGGAAGUUUUGUGUCUACUCCCUGAGUCCAGUUUAAGUUGGAAGUUUUGUGUCUUACUUCUUGAGUCCAGUGUUCGUAUGCUGCGCUCUGAUGCUAUUGGACUCUUGAUAAUUUACCCUUGUUAUUACAUGUAUCAUUCAUUUUUAUUAGGGGCAGCCCAUUAUGAUAUCUUGGAAGACUAGAAUUAUUGUUCUCUUGAGGUUUUACAUGUGGAAGUUUGAUCAUAGAAACUGUAUACAUGUAUUUGUAGGUCAGUUCUAGUUUUCUGUUCUUGAAACAAGUUAUCCGGUUAUCGUGUUUUUAUAUUACCCCCGAGUUUGUUCCCCCAAUAUUAGGGUUUUGCUUCUAUA